AAAAAGGACCCAAAGAGGAGGGCGAUGGAGAUGGGGAGACCAAGAGCAGCCCAAUUAAAGAGGGAGGGAAGAGGAGCACACAGCCAUGUUGGAGGAAUAUGAAGAAAACAGACUGCUGAAGUGUCUCCGAUAACAAGUGCUGCGUGGGACGGCUAGAAUGGUGAAUGUUUGUGGAGCGCCACAGUGGUAAGGGUCUGAGUACGGAUGGUCCAGGGGAGCUGCAGGAGGGAUCUGGGGGGUCUGGACUGAAGAUGCGGGUUGGUGCGUGGCUUCUCUGGGUGUCCUGGUUCUACAUCUGGGCAGAGUACUCCCAGAGGUGCAGGUGCCAAGACAUGUGUCCAACGGAGACGGGAUUGGACAGGAGGUCAAAGAGCCGGGUCAGGGAGCACGUUGGUGUCGGACGCCGGCACACGCCUCACAGGAACAGGCCGCAGCGCCAAAAAGGUUCCAGGGUUCAUGCACAGGAGACGCCGCCCCGCAUCGUCCACCAGCCCUCUGACGUGGUGGUGAAAGCGGGAAACCCUGCCACGCUCUCCUGCCGGGUGGAGGGCAGCCCCAAGCCGAGCAUCGAGUGGCUGCGGAACGGCCAGACGCUGACGGCAGACGAACGCUUGCAGCCCUUGGUUCUGUCGGAGGGGAGCCUCUUCUUCCUGAGCGUGGGAGAGGGCCGGCGAGGCCAGUCGCACGAGGGCGUCUACACCUGCGUGGCCCGGAGCAGUGCAGGAGAGGCCAGCAGCCGCAACGCAUCGCUGUACAUCGCAGUGUUGCAGGAGGAGUUCCGUGUGCAGCCCGGUGACGUGGAGGUGGCAGAGGGGGAGGUUGCUGUCUUAAGGUGCGUCCCCCCAGUGGGACGCCCUGAACCUAAUGUCGUCUGGAAGAGGGACGGCUUGCCCAUCAACUAUGUCGAUCAACGCUACACCGUGCUGAGUGGGAAGCUUAUCAUCGCUCCUGCCGAGAGGAAACACUCCGGAGCGUAUGUGUGCGAGGCCAGCAACACCGCGGGGGUGAGGCAGAGCCGGGCGGCUCGGCUCUCUGUGCUCGCCAAGCCUGUGUUGGUGCUGAAGCCAGAAAACGUGUCUGUGCGAGUGGGGGAGUCUGCCCAGUUCUACUGCCAAGCUAAAGGUGACCCCCCCCCUGCUGUGGUCUGGAGCAGUGAGCAGGGGCCGCUGCCCAACGGCAGGUAUCUUGUAAACCCGGACCAGACUCUCCAGAUCCACUAUGUGACAGCCCAGGAUGCUGGGAAGUACACCUGCUCUGCUGCCAACGAUGUCGGUGUGGUCACUGCCAGCGCACAGCUGCUAGUUGAAGAGGCUACCAGCACUACACAGAGAGACCUCCACAAAGAGCUGUCAGCGCUGCGAGUUGCUCUGGAAAAUGUCACCAUCAUGGCCCCCGGGUCUAAUAUCUCACAAGUACAAUGGAAGCUCCAGUCGCUGCCCGCCCAGCCUCAUUACCUGGAUGGCUUCGAGGUUCUCUAUCGCUCUCUGCUCCCUGCCAGCUCGGACUGGGCAGCCAAGAAGGUGACUCUGCCCAACUUCCAGGCCCCGGUGGGCCCCUUAAAGAGAGGCUACAAGUACGAGUUCAAAGUCCGUCCCUACGGCAGCAACUUGUUUGGUAGGGAGAGCAACACUCGGCACCUCAGAGUCCCUGAGACAGUGCCCAGUGCCUCUCCACUGGCUGUGUCCAUAACAGUGAGCCGUGAUCAGAAUAACACCGUCCAUUUGAGCUGGGAGUCUCCUCCUCAUGAGACCCACAACGGUAUCAUACAGGGUUACCAGGUGUGGUGUGUAGAGUCUGAGGAGCAGCAGUACCAAAACUGGACAGUGGAUAGUGGCCAACACAAGCUUGAUAUAUCUGCUCUGAGUCCAGGGAAACGGUACUGGAUCACCAUAGCAGCUGUCAACGGAGCUGGAGUAGGAGUGCUGAGUGACCCUCAUGGAUUUGUCAUCAGCCCACAAAUAGGUGGUCCCCCCGGGUCAGACAGCCAGGUGCGGGAUCUGUCCCGGGUCCUGGCCCUGCUUCAGGACCCGGUGUUGAUCGGCAGCGUCGGUGCCAUCCUGUGGUGCCUUCUGAUGGUCGCAGCCGUGUACCUCUUCAGGCGCCAUGGCAGGACAGGCCAGCUGAUCCCAAGACACGGCAGGGCUAAAGGUUUGCACAGACCAGCCAGUGAAGAUCUCAUCAUAAAACACAGGAUGGCAGCUUCAGACUCUCCGUGGGCCUCUGGAGCCUGGAGACCUUCCUUCAACCACAAGUACCAGGACUUAUGGGCCCAAGGCCAGAAACACCCAGGGAUCAGGGGCGCCAGCCUCCCUGUGUCCUGGAAGGAGCCCAGCUGUGUGGACUCGGCCGUCCCCAUUGUGACCGACAGCUGUGGCGUUUACGGCACAUUUUACGUGGACCUGAUGGGCAACGGCCUCAAGACCUUCAACAGUCCCGGGCGGCGCCCGAAAAUGCCUCAUGGUCUGGCCCACCAGCAAGGAGCUGAGACCAUCCAGAUAUUCCCUCAGCCUGUCGCAAAGACCUCACCCCUCAGCAGCCGGGAGGGGCUACCAUGGAAACAGGCCAUACGCCCCCAGCCCAGGAUGGGUGUGCUGAGGGAGUCAUGGGAAAAAAACUACAGCAAGCAAGAGUUGCACGCAGUGAACAGCGUCCCCAUAGUGCCGACCAGGAAGCAGGCUUUACCAUCCAGUGUCUACAAACAGAGACUCAGUCACAUACCGUCAGGCCGGCCCGGUGGAUACCCAGAGUGUGAUAAAGUUGCUGGCUGCCCUCGCCUGCUGCAUUACUCUGCGUCUUUACACCUAGUGGACAUGCUACCCCCCCCUCCACCAAUGCCCAUAGAGGACACCACGGACACACACAGCCUCACCUCAGAUGAAGGCUCCAGUCGUUCUACAAAGCUAACAGGGGACAUGGGCUCUCUCCAGUCAGUGUGUGCUGCGUCAAAUCCCUGCGGGCAACUGGGACCCAAAACCACCACCAGCAGCAGCAGCAGCAGCUUUCCCUCCUACAGCCACCCGUCUGCUACAUCAUAUUCCAUGUCGCUGGACGAGGACCAGAGCGGCACGCUGACAGCACAGGAAGCCAGCCAGUAUCUGGAGCUCUGCCCCAAACCGGAGAGAUGCAGCAGUGCCCUGCCUCAGCAGCGUCCGUCCCUGUCCCCCCCCUUCCUACCCUCCGUGGGCUACAUCCGUCGGCCGGUCUGCUCCACUCAGCUGGAGGAUGACCCCGCCCCCGCGGGGCCUGAGGCCCCGCCGAUUGGCCUGCGGCGCGCCCGCCUCCAGAGCACGCCCUCCUCCUGCUACAGCGAAUGGGACGGCUCCCUGUGGAACACCUGGAGCUCGGUCACGGACAGCAACAUGGCCAGCGCUCGCUCCAGCCUCAUCAGCUCGGUGGACAGCUGCUACACCGGCGACAGCGCACACUUCGCCCGCCUGCUGGCGGCGGCGGCCGAGAGCAUGAGCGGAGCCUCUCUGUCAGACUUCUCUCCGCCCGCCUCGCCCCUCAGCGCCUUGUAUCCGUCGAUUGGCGCCGAAGGCGACUCGUUCUGCGAGCUGGAGCCCGUCCCUGCGUGGGACUGGAGCGUGGCCUGGGUGGAGGAAAUGGAGGCUCAGUACAGAGCACACUAUCCCGGCAGAAACCCCAAACCCUUUGACACUUAGGGACUCCUGCCCGGAGAGUAAAAAAGAUACGACAGAACUUUAGAAGACACCUCACAGCAACGUCAGAACUGCACAGACGAAGAAGAAGAAGAAGGGGGAGGACAUCAUACUGCAACUGAUUCCCUUUUUUUUGAGAGCGCUGGAAUUUUUAAGGUCUAAAUAAUUCAGGGUUUGACGUGUGGCGUCAAUCAUAGAUACAUAGCUGGAUUUUAAAAUAGAAUUGGUGCCAACCCCUUGAUGUUUGAGACACCUCUGCUAGAUAAUGCACAGCUGUUAUUUAGUUUGUUAAUAGUUACCCAGUUUACCUCAGGGCAGUGCGGCUACUAUUUAGCAUCCUUAAAAUGACUUCCACUGAGUUUCUAAAGUUUUCUUUUCCUCUCUUUAUCCUGUCCACUCAUUAGAGGAUGGGAUAAUGAGAUACUUCUCAGCCAGUGUGUUUUUGAACAGGCCAGAAAGACACAAAGACAGGAUGCCAGACAGUGAGAAAGCAGUCAUUAGGCAGAAGAAAUACGCCACUGGAGUUGUCCUCACAGAACACGCUUGUUUGCUGCAAGACUUUAUUAGGGCCUUAGUUCUCCCAAAUAGGGAGGGAUUUUGUACAAACUGCUUUACUGAUAGUGAAGUGUAUAUAUUCAGCAUUAUUCAACGAAUGUUAUUUAAAAAAAAA